GGGAGUGACAGUAGGGUAAAUGGUUGUAGCUGGGUUUUUUUUUUUUACCAAGAUAGGAAAGAGAAGCAAGGAAUGGCAAUAUCAAAGAACAAGCUGAGCGUCUUUGUCAUCCUGAUGGCCUGCUAUAUUUUGAAAACACAGGAAUUAAUUGACAUUUCAAGCCUAAUUUCACAGGUAUUCAACACAAAGGAGAACCCGCAUUAUUUGAGAGGAAAAAGAGCAGUACCAGUCAGUCAAUGGACCUACAUUAUUGACAUCGAAGUCAAUGUGUCAGCUAUUGAAACUAUACAACAAAUUAAGUCAGCUGUAAAUUCAACAAGUCUUCCGUACGUUAUCAACAACACCACUGAAAUCUCUGAAAUUGACAUCACCACUGUUUGCUCCCUUAAUGGAACUGGAUUCCAGUGCAGAUGUGAGAACCAGUAUCAAUGGUCAUGUGAUCAGUGUCUCACUUAUGGAAGAUGUGAUGACACUACAUCUGACACAUGUGGAUGUAUCAAUGCGAUUCCUUCAGAUGGAAUGUACUGCCAGUCAGUUCUCCAGCAAAAUUUUACAGCAUGUUCAAUCACUACAGCCUCUCCAACAACAGAUUCAACAGUACCACCAACUCUUUACAUGUACAUGAUUGAAAUUGAGCUGAAUCUCACAGAUGUGGCAGCAAUAAAUACACUGAGAACCAGUUUGAGAAAUGCAAGUUACCCUGUUAUAAUGAAUAGCCUGACACAAAUCACUGGUGCUGACAUCACUACAGUUUGCUCCCUUAAUGGAACUGGAUUCCAGUGCAGAUGUGAAAACCAGUAUCAAUGGUCAUGUGACCAGUGUCUCUCUUAUGGAAGAUGUGAUGACACUACAUCUGACACAUGUGGAUGUAUCAAUGCUAUUCCUUCAGAUGGAAUGUACUGCCAGUCAGUUCUCCAGCAAAACUUUACAGCAUGUCCAACCACUACAGUCUCUCCAACAACAGACCUCAUAACAUCUGCCACAACAGAACAGAAUAAUACUGCUUUCCCAACAAGCCAAGUGAUCACUGUUACCAAUGCUACAACUUUUGAGCCAACAAUACAACUGACCACUGUUACCAAUGCUACAACCCUUGAGCAAACAACACAACUGACCACUGUUACCAAUUCAACAGUACCACCAACUCUUUACAUGUACAUGAUUGAAAUUGAGCUGAAUCUCACAGAUGUGGCAGCAAUAAAUACACUGAGAACCAGUUUGGGAAAUGCAAGUUACCCUGUUAUAAUGAAUAGGCUGACACAAAUCACUGGUGCUGACAUCACUACAGUUUGCUCCCUUAAUGGAACUGGAUUCCAGUGCAGAUGUGAAAACCAGUAUCAAUGGUCAUGUGACCAGUGUCUCUCUUAUGGAAGAUGUGAUGACACUACAUCUGACACAUGUGGAUGUAUCAAUGCUAUUCCUUCAGAUGGAAUGUACUGCCAGUCGGUUCUCCAGCAAAACUUUACAGCAUGUCCAACCACUACAGUCUCUCCAACAACAGACCUCAUAACAUCUGCCACAACAGAACAGAAUAAUACUGCUUUCCCAACAAGCCAAGUGAUCACUGUUACCAAUGCUACAACUUUUGAGCCAACAAUACAACUGACCACUGUUACCAAUGCUACAACCCUUGAGCAAACAACACAACUGACCACUGUUACCAAUUCAACAGGACCACCAACUAUUUACAUGUACAUGAUUGAAAUUGAGCUGAAUAUCACUGAUGUUGCAGCAAUAAAUACACUAAGAGCUGCUCUGGGAAAUGCAAGUUACCCUGUUACAAUGAAUAGCCUGACACAAAUCACUGGUGUUAUCAUCACUACAGUUUGCUCCCUUAAUGGAACUGGAUUCCAGUGCAGAUGUGAGAACCAGUAUCAAUGGUCAUGUGACCAGUGUCUCUCUUAUGGAAGAUGUGAUGACACUACAUCUGACACAUGUGGAUGUAUCAAUGCUGUUCCUUCAGAUGGAAUGUUCUGCCAGUCGGUUCUCCAGCAAAACUUUACAGCAUGCCCAACCACUACAGCCUCUCCAACAACAGAUGCAACAACACUCGAACAAACGACACAGUUUACCACCGUUACAAAUGCAACAACAUUUGAGCCAACAACACAAUUGACCCCAGCAACUAAUGCAACAACACCAUUUGAGCCAACAACACAAUUGACCCCAGCAACUAAUGCAACAACAUUUGAGCCAACAACACAAUUGACCCCAGCAACUAAUGCAACAACACCAUUUGAGCCAACAACACAAUUGACCCCAGCAACUAAUGCAACAACACCAUUUGAGCCAACAACACAAUUGACCCCAGCAACUAAUGCAACAACACCAUUUGAGCCAACAACACAAUUGACCCCAGCAACUAAUGCAACAACAUUUGAGCCAACAACACAAUUGACCCCAGCAACUAAUGCAACAACACCAUUUGAGCCAACAACACAAUUGACCCCAGCAACUAAUGCAACAACACCAUUUGAGCCAACAACACAAUUGACCCCAGCAACUAGUGCAAAUACAUUUCAGCCAACAACACAAUUGACCCCAGCAACUAAUGCAACAACACCAUUUGAGCCAACAACACAAUUGACCCCAGCAACUAAUGCAACAACACCAUUUGAGCCAACAACACAAUUGACCCCAGCAACUAAUGCAACAACACCAUUUGAGCCAACAACACAAUUGACCCCAGCAACUAAUGCAACAACACCAUUUGAGCCAACAACACAAUUGACCCCAGCAACUAAUGCAACAACACCAUUUGAGCCAACAACACAAUUGACCCCAGCAACUAGUAAUACAACAACAACUACACCUGCAAUACCGCUUAAAAUUACGUUGUUAACCAUAUCCUUCAAACUGAAUGAUAUUUUCACAGCUGACUUAAUGAAUGAAAGUAGUUCCAAAUAUUUAAAGUAUAAAAACGAUAUUCAACCAGUUAUCCAGGCACAGUAUCAGAGUAACCUUCCAGGGUUUAUUUCAGCAGCACUGACAGGUUUUAGACCCGGAAGUGUUAUAGUCGGCUUUUCAGUUCUGACCACAGGUGCAAACCAAACUGAAAUUAAUAACGCCAAUAAUGGACUUGCAACAUCACUUCCAGCUGCUUAUCAAGUUAUUCUCAACUCUUUUGUUGUUGUUUCUAAUGACACAUCAACCACUCCACCAACAACAACAACCCCAAUGACAACAACGGCAACAACAACAACCCCAACAACAACUCCAAAACCACCAGUUGGUGUCUUGCCUCAAAUCAACAACCUACUGACAAAUUCUGUGAAUUUGCCUGCAUCACAAGUUGCAGGAUUUGUUGCUGCUCUAAGUGACACCUCAAGCAGUCUACAAAGUAACAUCACUUCAUCACCUAUAAAUAUUGCCAGCAUUGUAAACAUUCUAAGUAACAUUGCAGAAAUUUCAAAGAAUAUCAGCGCAGCUAGCAUAAAGAACAUUCUACAAACAGUGGAUAUCUUAGUUUCUGAUGAUGCAUCAGGAGCUUGGAAAAAUUUAAAUGACAACACUACUCAAAAUACAAGCUCUAGUUUACUGGGCGCCUUGGAAACCUUUGCGUCAGUUCUUCCAGCAGAGUCCUUUAAUUUGACAACAAAGACUAUCCAAUUAAAUAUAACCUUGGUUAACACAUCAUUCAACGCAUUCUUGAACUCAAGUGUGCAAAUGAAUAUUACAGCUAAUUCCACUGGCAACAUAAUCACCACUAUGACCUUCUCCACGCUCCAAAAUGUGUUACCUCCCAGGAAUGCCAGAAAUGACAGUUUGAACGACACCACCAUCAAUGGAAAGGUAGUGCUGGUGAAGUUCACUGGAAGGACUGACAGUGUCUCAUUGACAUUCAGUAAGCUGGAACAAAACCUCACAGUCAAUCCCCAAUGUGUUUUCUGGAAUUUCAGUUUUUUUGACAACCGUGGAGCGUGGGAUAAUGAAGGUUGUUCAUUUAAGUCUGAUAUGAAUGGCAAGGUUUCAUGUUUUUGUAACCACCUCACCUCCUUCUCCAUUUUGAUGUCAACGUCCAUUCCAGAAUCUAUUGCAUACGCCUUGGAUUUAAUCACUUAUAUUGGUGUUGGCAUAUCGAUGGGUAGCUUAGUCGUGUGCCUCAUCAUUGAGGCUUGUGUUUGGAAGGCCAUGACCAGAAACAACACCGCCUAUAUGCGUCACGUCUCCAUAGUGAACAUCGCCGUGUCUCUCCUGAUUGCCGACAUUUGGUUUAUCAUUGGUGCGUCGCUAAUAAAAGCCGAUUUCCAAAACCCAAAUGAAACCACUACAGAUGUACCAGCGUGUACUGCAGCAACAUUUUUCAUUCACUUCUUUUACCUGGCUCUGUUCUUCUGGAUGCUGAUUUCAGGACUUCUUCUUUUCUACCGGACCAUCCUGGUUUUUUCACACAUGUCAAAAUCCACCAUGCUUGCUAUUGGCUUUUCUGUGGGCUACGGUGCACCGUUAAUCAUAGCUGUUGUUACCAUAGCAUCCACAGCUGGAAGUGGUGGUUAUAUAAAUGGAAAUAAAGCCUGUUGGCUCAACUGGGACAAGACAAAGGCCCUUCUUGCUUUUGUAAUACCGGCACUGGCUAUAGUGUUCAUCAACUUUCUGAUCCUGAUUGUGGUUCUGUAUAAAAUGCUGAGGAGAGGUGUGGGAGACACCUCACAGCAAAAUGACCGAAAUGCUGCAGUGAUCAUCGCCAGGUGUCUGGCUAUUCUCACUCCCUUGUUUGGCCUUACCUGGGGACUGGGAGUAGGAACCAUGUUUAAUCCAACAAAUGAGGGAAUCCAAAUUGUGUUUGCCCUGUUCAAUUCACUACAGGGUUUCUUUAUUUUGGUGUUUGGGACACUUUUGGAUGGCAAGAUCCGAGCAGCUUUAGCAACAACAUUUUCCUCCAUUUCCUCAAGCUCUGACCGUACAAGGAGUACUAGUGCUGAUGCAGCGACAUCAUCGUCAUCCACUAGUGCAUUGGACCUUCUCCGAAGAAGAAUACGAAGGAAUGCCUACAAUGUUUCGGAAGCUGCAAAUUCUUCCAGCAGCAAUGCUGUAACUGAGUCUUUCAUCAAUACCUAACUCAAUGCAACCGACCUUCUAGAGACAACUCAUGUAUAGAACCAAGUUAUUCUCAUUUAGAAUAUUUUAUGAACAUUUUAUAAUUUUUUACUUUUAAAAUGACUCCGGAUUUGGCAAAGGUAAUAGAAUGUAUUAUUUUGCUGAAGAAGAAGAGUAGCCUUUGAUCUGGCUUUCAGUACAAAAAGUAUUUAUGUUAAGUUAAAUUUACUUAAUUAAUGAUUAAUGUUGUCAAUUCUAUAGUUGUUGUCUGAGUUACUUCUCUCAUUUUGGUGCUUAGAACAGAGUCUAGAAACUGCUCUGCAUGAUUGUCUCGAACAAGACAUAGCACUUUAAAUGAUGAAUGUUAUUGAAGGUCAUCACAUGUUAUUCAAUAUCUAAAGCAAUAUCCAAAUCUAUUAAAUAUGUUAUAUGGCUGCUAUAGCAUUUUCCUAUGUUGUGUAAAUGAAAUGUAUAUUUUUUUGUUUAUCUGUUGUG